UCGUCGAAAUUUUUCAACGAGAAACACCCUUAACUUUGGAAUCGCCCUGUAAACAUGGCGCAAGGAAAAUUCAAGUCCAAGGGAAGUCUUCCGAAAGGAGUCAAAGGAAAACAAAGUCAUAAACAUAAGAACUCAGGACCAAAGAGAGGAGCUCGAGUGAUUGCCCCGAAAAAGACAAAACAAAUAGAAGCAAAUAAAAUAAAAAAGGGACUGGAGAGGAGUAUCAAAGCAAACAUUGAACAUGAAACUGCAAUGAAAGCCCAGUCUGUGGAACCCAAACAUUUCAGAGUCGUCAAAUCAUCAGCAACAUCCUCUUCCAGCACCACAGACAAAGGAAACAAUGUCAAAAAGAAAUAAUCGGGGAUAUACAUGUAUAUAAAAAGUUAGGAUUUUUUUCUGUUCUGUGAUGUUACAAACAAUUUUUAAUAGAUUUAUAUUCCAAUGAAAACUAGUUUCCUCAGCUCUUUUUAUGCUGUGAUGGCUUAAAAGAUUACUCAUAAAGGUUAUAUCUGGAAAAAAAAAGCUUCGGUAGUUACUUCUAACAUGUAAUUGUAAUUACCUGUUCAUAUAGGAUAUUUGACUGUUGGCUUUUGUUUUAAAUGUCAUACUGGUAGCUCUAUAUAUGUCAGAACACUCUGCAUUGGGAAGGUUUACAUUUCAGUGUAUUCAUGUACCGGUAUAUCAAAAGCAGGAAAAGGUCUUUUAACAUAUUAAGUGGUGAAAAUGAGUAAGUUCUUCAGCAUGUACUUGAAAAGGGAAAAUCCCUAUGAAAUUAUUGUUACCGGUAUGUGUAUUUAGAAAAAUUAUGAAGAUGCAAUAAACAAAUUUUCUAUACUUGG